UGCGGUGGCCCGGCUUUUUCCGAUCCUGUGUUCCGAUGUUGCCAGCUGCAAUGAGCUUCCUCAAAAGUUUUCCGCCACCUGGGUCGACUGAGGGGCUCCGGCACCAGCAGCCAGAUACCGAGGCUGUGCUGAACGGAAACGGCCUCGGCACUGCCACCCUUUACAUCUCUGAAAGCCGCCUGUCUUGGUUAGAUGGUUCCGGAUUAGGAUUCUCACUGGAAUACCCCACCAUUAGUUUACAUGCUGUGUCCAGGGACCUAAAUGCCUAUCCACGAGAACAUUUGUAUGUUAUGGUGAAUUCUAAAUUUGGAGAAGAAAUAAAAGACUCUCUUGAUGAAGAAGAAGAAGACAGUGAUGAUGAUGUUGAACCUAUUACUGAAUUUAGAUUUGUGCCUACUGAUAAAUCAGCGUUGGAGGCAAUGUUCACUGCAAUGUGUGAAUGCCAAGCCUUGCAUCCAGAUCCUGAGGAUGAAGACUCAGAUGAUUAUGAUGGAGAAGAGUACGAUGUGGAAGCUCAUGAACAAGGACAGGGGGAUAUCCCCACAUUUUACACCUAUGAAGAAGGAUUAUCCCAUUUAACAGCAGAAGGGCAGGCCACACUGGAGAGAUUAGAAGGAAUGCUUUCCCAGUCUGUGAGCAGCCAGUAUAACAUGGCUGGGGUACGGACAGAAGAUUCAGUAAGAGAUUAUGAAGAUGGCAUGGAAGUAGAUACUGCACCAACAGUUGCAGGACAGUUUGAGGACGCAGAUGUUGAUCACUGAAAAUGAUUUAUGUUGCUUUAAGAUUCUGCUCUUAAUUGUAGGAGAGAACUUGGUGCCUCUUUCCUCUGAAGAGGUUGAUGAAAGUCUUUUUCCUUCUCCAAAA